AAUGCCUCUCCACGGAAACCUGUUCCCCUGGCCACCCAGCACCCCUUCAGCUUUCUUCUGGUGGACCAGCACACCUGUUCUGCUUUGGAAGAACAACUCACCUUUGAUCUUGAUGUUCUUCACAGUAUUGAGAAUUCCAUUUACAGAACAGCCUUCAAAUUACGUUCAGUGCAAACUCUGUGCCAACUGGACCUGAUGGACAGCUCUCUGAUUCAGCACGUCCUCCUACGUCACAACUUCUGGGAAGUGAGAGAGAGGCCCCUCCCUGUGCAGCAGCUCUUACCGGCUCUUCAGGAGCUGUUUCAGAGAGUCGGGGUGGAAAAACCAGGACAGGUGCAUCCCAGAGCUUCAGAACUCACUCUGAGCCUUCUCACAACGAUGUAUGACAGCACAGGAACGGGUUUGCUCAAGCUUGCACCUGCAGCUGCUGCCCUGAUUGCUCUGUCCGGGGACAGCCCUCUUACAAAAUACAGAGCUCUUUUUCAGCUCUAUGCAGAAAAUAACAGGGGAGGUUAUGAUUCUGGGGCACGCAUGACUCGAAGCACUUUGAGAAACCUACUAACAGAUCUACAGCAGAUCCCAACUGUCGUGGGGGAAAGUCGCGCUCUGUGCUCUGUGGAAAGUGCUACCCGCAGCUGUUUCCAAGGGGUGUUAAGCUCAACAAUCAAAGAAGAAAAAUUCUUGUCUUGGCUACAAUCUGAGCCUCCCAUCCUCCUGUGGCUCCCAACCUGCUACCGGUUGUCUGCCACUGAAAUGAUCACUCACCCUGUUCGGUGUAGAAUCUGCAGGAACUUUCCAAUCACAGGACUGAGAUACCGUUGUCUGAAGUGUCUCAACUUUGACAUCUGCCAGGCGUGCUUCUUCGCUGGGCUUCACGGCAGGUCUCACCAGAAGGCCCAUCCUGUGACUGAGCACUGCGUCCAGACAUCAGCAAAGGAGAAUACAAAAUUUCUCGUCAGGACCCUCAGAAACAACCUGCUCCAAGGGCGUGGUAGGAAAAAAGAAACUUCAAGAAGGCAGUGGCUGCUGGACCAGGUGACUCCAAAGGACUUGGCUAACCACACACAGGCCAGCAGGAUUUCCAUUCAGUAUAGUAGCUCCGAAGAACCAGUAUAUGGAAGUCCAACUAGACCAGUGGAAACAGCAGCCACAGUGGCUUCCAAAAAAGUAUCUCCAAUGAUAUCUCGGGCUCAGCAAACUGAUAACAGCAACCCACAACAUCAGACUGUGGUCAGCAUCAGGAAUGUCCCGUGGAGAACUCAUGAGUCCAUUAAUGCGCUCCAGAAGGAAAGAAGAUUCCUUAAAAAACAGUUAAGCCGAUACAAAGACAAGUUGCGAGCCAUAUAUGCCUCCCAGGAAGAAAAGAGUUGCAGAUUUGAAACAAAGAUUCACAAACUCACAGCCAACCAGGAGAGCCUGUGGACCCAGCUACAGCAGAUGGGGCAGGAUCUCCAGGCAGUGUUACAGCCACUCCAUCCUUCAUCUUCUUCCUGUCAAAAUAUGAUUUCCAAGGGUGACCAUGGAAAGGGUGAAAGGUUUCGGAGGGGAGGAGAUUCUUCACAGGUCUUGAAUGCCACUGAGGAUCAUUCAGAAUGGGAACCUCUUGCUUACCCAACCAUGAAUGACAGAAGUCACCAAAGUCUACCAAAUGCAGAGCAUGGUCUACCAAACUCAGAAUCACUGGAGGCGGUUUUGCAGCUGAAGUCAACACAAAGCACCAGGGCACAAAGCCAAGCACAAAAGACCUCAAAGGAAGUCUUUAGCUCCCCUCCGGGUUCCCAGGGAGGACUGCUGCAAGACACUCCCCAAAUUGUUCCUGCUGAAAUCAAUGGUCCUGCUCUGGCAACAGAAAUGAAAGACAUGGUUAACAUCCAGCAGGGAAAGGAUGAGGUAGAGGGAGAGGAACUGCAAGAACUAUUGUCAAAACUUACAGAUGCCUUCACUCUAGAAAUGCCACCAGGCCUGCAAUCUUCAGUAGACAUGGACCUGUAUUGUGGAGCUGAGCGGGUGUGCAGGGCCUUCUCUGCUCUCGUUGAUCAGAUCACCGUGUCCAACUUGAAGUGAUAAAGAGUCCAGGUUCAAAGGCUCCUUGGGAUGACAAUGAAACAUGUUUUCAAAAUCUAUACUGAAAGAAUUAAGCCUUUUACCUCUCAGUAA